AAUAUUUCACUAGGACAUCAAACCUCAAAACAACCUUUGGAUGACUAUUUCAAUGCCAAAGUUCAGAGAAAAUAUUUAGACGGCAAUGCACAAAAGUAGAAGUUGCUUAACCCUGCUUUCUUAGCUCGACUUGGUCAGUUGGUAAGUCAACUCCCACUUUCCCAAUCUUUGAGGCUUUGUGCUCCCACCCUACCUCUGAAAGAGUCAAGACCGACAAUGGGAGAGGAGAGCAAGCAGCCACCCACGCUACCACUGCAAGAGUCAAGACCCGCAAUGGGAGGGGGGAGCAAGCAGUGACUGUAAGACCCACCUUAUUCACUUUCACCACCACCGCGAGACCCACUACUUUGAACCAUGGUCGCCGACCUCACCGGUGAAAGUAUCAGUCCUGCAGUCCACCGUACGCGAUUGUUGGUAAGUUAAUGCCCUCACUCCUUUGGUGGUUUCUCCUCUCAUAGACUUCCAAAAAAGAGUCACAGGUGGGGUUUAAUUUGAUUUCUUCUUCUUCUUUGAUCUUCAUCAUGGUGGACGGGAUUGAUGGGCUGAAAGUUUGAAGGGGAAUCUUUGAUUUUUAUGAAAAAAUUCUGAUACUCUGUUGUGAUUUAAAGAAUAAAAACUCUCCUUUUUGACUGGAAAUCUCAGCCGAUUCAACCGACUCUCGCCGAUUUAGUGCCGAGUUUGUGCAUAGGAUCGUAUCUGGUAUCCGACUCGUCACGGCAAGUGUCAAUAUUUCGAAGCCUGCUUGGCCUUGGUUCCCAAUUCUAUUAUGUCCUUCCAUACUAGAUCAUCUCUUGAUCCUCUUCCUUCUCUUUCACUUGUCUUAAGGGGAAUCUAAAACUUCCUAAUCUGAGGAGGCCAUGGGCCUGUAUCGGAUGGAGUCUUCUUCUGUUUCUGCUCUUCUUUUUUCUCUUCUACUGAUCUCUUGUUUCCCCCUAACCGAUGCUCAAUAUAUCCAAUAUCCAAGUAAUGCAAACCUCUCUAGUUCAUGGACCAACAAAAUUGGGGAGGUGAUAUCAACAAAUUCCUCAGAGUAUGCUGUUCCACAGCCCAUCCUUCUUAGAGAAACCACUGGCUCAGGUUUCAUCUGUGGCUUCUACUGCUACAUUGGGAGCGACGCUUGCUUCUUUGGUGUCCUUAUCUUCCAAAACAUGGAUUUACCAGAACUUGUGUGGUCUGCUAAUCGAAACAAUCCGUUCAGAAUUAAUGCUACUUCUACCCUGGAACUUACUGAAGGAGGAGAUUUGACCUUAGAAGAUGCUGAUGGCACCCUGAUUUGGUCUACAAACACAAGUGGCAAAUCUAUUGCAGGAUUAAACUUAACUGAAGCAGGCAACCUUGUGCUCUUUGACCAAAAUAACAAUACCGUUUGGCAGUCUUUUGAUUACCCGACAGACUGUUUAGUUCCCAGCCAAAAGUUGGUUUCAGGGAAGGAGCUGACAGCAAGUGUAUCUUCAUCAAAUUGGAGUGAAGGUUUGCCUUCACUUUUGGUUACUAAUGAAGCAUUGUCUUCUCAGUUCAUGAAGUUGGACCCCGAUGGUCAUUUGAGAGUUUAUGAGUGGAGAGAAUCUGAAUGGAAGGAAGUAGCUGAUCUCCUGCAAACCAAUGAAGGCAAUUGUGAAUAUCCAUUGUCCUGUGGAAAAUAUGGAAUUUGUUCAGACGAGCAGUGCAGCUGUCCUGGAGAUUCAAGUAAUGCGGCAAAGUACUUCAGGCCAGUAGAUGAUCGGCUACCCAAUCUUGGAUGUUCUGAAAUCACUUCCAUUUCUUGCUUAUCUUCCCAAUAUUACAGUCUUAUGGAGCUUGACAACUACAGAUACUCUACUUUCAGAGAGGACACUGUAUACACAGAUAUGGAGAAUUGCAAACAGGCUUGCUUGAAGAACUGUUCAUGCAAAGGCGCUAGAUUUCUAUAUGAUUGGAAUUCUUCCAAUGGGAAUUGCUACUUAUUGUCUGAAGUUUUUUCACUCAUAAGAAAUUAUGGGAAACAUGAAGAAACAUAUGUGAACUCCACCGUACUUCUUAAAGUGGUGGACUCUCCAAUUGAAAAUAAUACAGAACAAGUUGGAAGCAAAGCUGGGAAGAAAACAGGGCAUGUUCCAAUCAUAAUUGGGUCGAGUCUUGGAGCUUUCUUUGGUGUGCUUAUCUUAAUUGUCACUUGCCUGUUUCUUUUCAGGAAGAAAAAUAAUACCAUGGAAGUUGAGGAGGAUUAUCUAGAUCAGGUAUCAGGAAUGCCCACUAGAUUCUCUUAUGGAGGCUUGAAAGCUGCAACUGAAAAUUUUAGUCGGAAGCUUGGGGAAGGAGGAUUUGGGUCAGUCUAUGAAGGCACAUUGGGCAAUGGUGUCAAGGUUGCAGUGAAGCUACUUGAAGGUUUAGCCCAAGUAAAGAAAUCAUUUUUAGCAGAAGUUGAGACAAUAGGCAGCAUUCACCAUGUCAAUUUGGUAAUACUAAUUGGAUUUUGUGCUGAAAAAUCACAUAGGCUCUUAGUCUAUGAGUACAUGUGCAAUGGAUCCUUGGAUAGAUGGAUCUUCCACAAAAACCAAGACCUUGCUCUUGGUUGGCAAUCCAGAAGAAAGAUCAUCCUUGACAUAGCCAAGGGACUCUCCUACCUCCAUGAAGAAUGCACAAAGAAAAUAUUUCACUUGGAUAUUAAGCCCCAAAACAUCCUUUUGGAUGAACACUUCAAUGCAAAAGUUUCUGAUUUUGGCUUAUCCAAGCUUAUAGACAGGGACCAAAGUCAAGUUGUAACAACAAUGAGGGGAACACCUGGUUAUUUAGCUCCUGAGUGGUUGAGUGCAGUAAUCACAGAAAAAGUGGAUGUUUAUAGCUUUGGUGUUGUGGUAUUGGAAAUCUUGUGCGGGCGGAAAAACAUAGACCGGUCUCGGCCUGAGGAAGAUAUGCAUUUACUGAGUAUUUUCAAGAGGAAGGCACAAGAGGAGCAGCUUUUGGACAUGGUUGAUAAACACCGUACUGAGGAGAUGCAAUUACAUGGAACAGAAGUAGUGAAGAUGAUGAGAGUGGGAGCAUGGUGCCUACAAAGUGAUUUUGCUAAGAGACCUUACAUGUCCAUGGUAGUGAAAGCUCUGGAGGGUUUGGUCGAUGUUGAUGAGAACCUGGAUUAUAGCUUCUCACCUUUGCCACUGCCUGGAUCCUUAACAGUUGUUGGUCCCAAGGAAGGUGUUGCCAGUUCUAGUACUACUCCAUUACUGGCAUCUGUUUUAUCAGGGCCAAGGUAAAGAAGCUUUCACAAAUUCAUGAGACUUAAAAAUUUCUCUUGGGAGUACACCAUUGCGAUUCUGGAUGCAUAGUAGUCAUAUGUAUUCAAUAGAUGAUUUGAUUAAAUUUUAUUUGUAUUCAAUUUCCACAAAAGUUAUUUA